AUGGCUCCAGGUUCCAAAGCUGCGACUGCCCCUCGUCGUGUCUCCAGCACGCUGUCGAAAGUCUCAACUCUACCAACUACUGCUACGCCUAUGGCUACAACCAAUGCCAGACCCAUCAAACCAUCAAAGCCAAGCAAAGUUGUCAACCUCAAACUGUCCAAGGAUAAAUUGUCUCGCUUUCCUCAUGAGCAGGCUAUUCGUAAACCAAGCCAGCCGAAAAAGUCACCUCUGUCAACAUCUACAACUGUUCCCCCGGAUGAACCAGCGCUCUCUGCGCCUAUUAAGUCAGAGCCAGAAACUACAGCUUCAUCAAAUGAGAACGGACCUGUAUCGUCACCUAUCAAAGAUGUCAAGCAAGAGGCUUUGCCAGCGCCAAAGCCUGGCGUAAAGAGAGAGCUUGGAGCUGGCGUUGAGAGCGAAGACAAAGACAAGCCCAAGAAUCCUCCAAGAAAGAGGGCAAGACCAGAAGGAAAGCCGGACGGUCGCACCGCUGCUGCGAGACUUGCCAAAGGAGUAUCAGGCCCAGGUGCAGGCACCAGCCACAAGCUUGGACCCAAAGCCAAUCAAGGUGCUAUCAAUGCCGGACUACGUGCCCUUGACCGGACCAGUAAAUCUUGUCGAAAGUGGGAGAAGACUGGAUUUCGUGUCAAAUCAUUCACUGGCAGGAUCUGGGAGAUACCGUCAUGGAAGGCCCCAACAGCAAAGGCUUUCGGUUCGGAAGCCGAGAGUGGGCAAGGCACCCCUAACAGUCAGAGUAAAGAGAACAGCAGCAGCAACAUCGGUAGCGACAAAAGUCCCGCCGUCAACCCCUCCAAUAUCGCCAGUUCACCGGCUCCUGCAAUUGCCAUACCUGCCUGA